ACUCACAAUCACAUUCCAACCUCAACUACCUACCCGAUACCAAUCAAUCAAUAUGAAGGCCUCUUUCGUCGUCUCUCUUCUUCUCUCCCUCGGAGUCUCAGCUACUCCAGCUGUCGACACUACCACCAUUGAAGACGGUGGCUUCACCUACACUGGUAUCGACAAGCCUCUUCUCGCUCUCCGUGGCCUUGAGGCCCGUUGCGACUGCUUCCCCUGCUACUCUCCUCACGCCGACUGUUCCCCAGGAAAGUGCCAGUGUGCUGGAGACUACGGCUGCUGGUCUUGUGGCGGUGGACGCAUGCAGUGUCAGCCUGGCCCUGGCUCUGGACAGUGCUGGACCUAAGCGGUCUCGGCUUUUGUUCACGCGGAUAGCUGGACUCUAUCAGAAUCACAUGUGCACAUUCGGCAUUUUGACAGACAUGUGAGACCGAAAGCAAUCUUUUUACUACAGGCAAUACAAUACGAAUUUGGGAUCAAG